AUGUUUACAGCCGAAUGGACGUUAAGAAUAUCCUGGUGGUGCUACGAGGCGAUACUGAGUCAAGUAACAGCAGAUUCAUCACUCGGACUGACCCAGACACGAAGAAGCCAGAGGUCAGGAAGAUUACUGAGACAAUUGGGUACCGCUUGUGAGUAUACUUACCGGUUCGGGUUGGCUUUUCCUGCUGGAGCGGUUGAGGCGACGACGAAGUCGCUGAUUGACCCAAGAAACGCAUACUUGCCCUAUGGCAGGCCACGGUUCAGUCCUAGGAAUGGAGGUCCGUUGAAAGUGGACUUACCGCCUUCUUUUGAGACAGUUUAUUCCCACUACGAUUAUGCCGUGAUAAGAUAUAAUAUUGGGGUUCAUAUAAGUCGUGAAGGGUCGCUGAACCAGGAUAUCAGCGAGCAGAAGAUUCUCAAGUUCUCUCCUUCUCCCAAAACCACUGCGUGUUCGGCUGAUCCUUUGAUGAGAAAUGGCUCUUUAAUUUCAAACUUUAGCCGUGGUGGGGCUUCCCUCGAAAUUCUGUCCAAGCACGCUAGCAAAAUCGAGAGACGCAGUUUCUUCGACAAAAUGUUCUCGUCCAACUCUUUUAAAUGGCCUCUAGAGGCUGUUGUUGAGUUCAAGCAAAGUAACCUGGUGCAAUACCCUUACGGAGCUACAAGUAGAGUGUUGCACCAAUCCGAUAACCUUGCAGAUAUCUUGUCCAUCAGGCUAUAUACGCCAUUUUCCGAAGGAGUACUCAAGCCUCUUUUCACUGGGAACCACGUUCCGUACUGGCAAAAUGUGGUAGGGGCGCUUGUGGUAAAAAAAUUGGUUGUGACUUUGGAACGAAUGAUUACAUACCAAGGCACAAAUGAGAAGCAUCGGUUUGGCAAAAUCGAUGUUGGAAGCUCUUCACCCCGCCAUAGGAUCAAACUAUCUGAGUUUGACCGGGUUGAACAACAUGUAAACCCGGAGCUAUUCGACCUAGUCUCGCCAGAAUCCAGACAUUUGGUGAAUUUUGGAGUAGCAUAUAUGGCCAAGCUACCUGAUAAAUUUCUCCAGUUUCGUCUUCAUACUGAGCAAAGAUCGUUCGUUGCCCCUAAUAUACUGUGUGACAUGGCCCUCAAGUUUGAAUUGCUAGUGACUUCAACACUAGACCCUACCAAGACCGUUAAACUCAGGUGUGAGGCGCCAAUAUUGCUUGUUGCUCCUCGUGAUGAGCUGGGAGGUAGCUCUAGAGAGGAAAACAUACCUUCUUUAAUAGGGGCAGAUAUUUAUGAGCCUUCGUUGCCACCUGAGAGCGUUAACCACCUGAAUGAUGCUCCUCCAUCCUACAACCAAGUGUUGCAAGAGGAGUGA